CUGGAGAAGCCGCCGGAAGUGCGGCGACUUGCGGUAGCGUCGGAGGAUGAGGGAGCGGCCCUCACGAAACGCAGCUGUCUGAGGAAGAAGAUCCUUUUAUUGAUUUUAUUCCAGACCAGACUGGGCCUUAGUUGUCAGAGGUGGUACUGGUGGUGUGCCCACAGGAACAACUGUUCCAGCAGAAUGAUGAUGGUAGAUCUGAAAGUGGCUGAGUACUUGAACCCUCAGAUCAAGGCUCUGUGGGAGACCAAGGGACCUGUGACAGAGAGCUCCUCUCAGAGUAAAAAAUAUACUGCACAAAUGGACAGUCUCAGUCCUGAGAGCUUUCGCCAACACUUCCGGAAUUUCCACUAUCAUGAAGCAGCUGGACCCCGUGUGGCUGUUGGCCAACUUCAGGAAUUAUGCCGUCAAUGGCUGAGGCCAGACAUACACUCAAAAGAAGAAAUCUUGGAUCUGCUGGUGCUAGAACAGUUCCUGAACAUUCUGCCCAGGGAUACUCAGACCCAGAUAAAGAAGCACCACCUACAGAGCAUUGAAGAGGCUGUGGCCUUGGUAGACCACUUGCAGAGUGAAUCUGGUCAAACGAAGACUGGGGUUGCAGUCCAUGUGCUGGGAAAGGAGGCAGUGCUCUUGGGAGAAACAGCAGAGACCUCAGGCUUCAAACUGAGGCCAGCAGAGUCCCAGCCAGUGGGCAGGUCCCAGGAUGAAGAAUUUUGGAAUGAAUAUCAGGAUCAACAACAGCUGAGCAGGAAUACUCAUAAAGAAACUGAGCCUAUGUGUGAGAGGGCUGUGCCUGCUCACCAGAUCCUAGGCUUUCCUGAGCAGACAAACACCAAAGACUGGACAGUGGCACCUGAGCUCAUCUUGCCUGAGUCCCAGAGCUUAUUGACAUUUGAAGAAGUGGCCGUGUAUUUUUCCCAGGAAGAAUGGGAAUUACUGGAUAUCAGUCAGAAGACUCUCUACAAUGAUGUAAUGCAGGAAAACUAUGAGACUGUCAUCUCUCUAGCUGUGCCUACUCACCAGAUCCUAUACUUUCCUGAGCAGACAAACACCAAAGACUGGACAGUGGCACCUGAGCUCAUCUUGCCUGAGUCCCAGACCUUAUUGACAUUUGAAGAGGUGGCCGUGUUUUUUUCCCAAGAAGAAUGGGAAUUACUGGAUCCGGGUCAGAAGGCCCUAUACAAUGAUGUAAUGCAGGAAAACUAUGAGACUGUCAUCUCUCUAGCCAUAUUUGUGCUCCCCAAACCUAAAGUCAUCUCCUGUCUAGAACAAGGGAAAGAGCCCUGGGUUCAAGGAUCCACAGAGAUCAUGGAUAGUCCUGGAGAGCUGCCUAUAGGGUUAAAGCUCAAAAAUGAUACUGAAAAUCAUCAGCCUAUAUGUCCUUCUGACUUAGAAAUACAAGCUCCUGGAGACAUAAUAUCAAAAAAGGUCAGAGUGAAAGUUCCCCAGAAAACAACAGUCAAAGAAAAUCAUGGUGAUAUACAUAGGGUGGGGAAAUGGCACCAAGACUUUUCAGUGAAGAAAAGAAAGAAACUUUCAACCUGGAAACAAGAGCUGCUGAAACUUAUGGAUCGUCACAAGAAAGAACGUGCAGGAGAGAAGCCUUUUAAAUGCCAGGAAUGUGGGAAAAACUUCAGAGUUAGCUCUGACCUUAUUAAGCACCAAAGAAUUCAUACUGAAGAGAAACCGUAUAAAUGCCCACAGUGUGAUAAGAGAUUUAGGUGGAGUUCAGAUCUUAAUAAGCACUUAACAACACACCAAGGGAUAAAACCAUAUAAAUGCUCAUGGUGUGGGAAAAGCUUCAGUCAAAAUACAAAUCUACACACACACCAAAGAAUUCACACUGGAGAGAAGCCCUUUACAUGUCAUGAAUGUGGGAAAAAAUUCAGUCAGAACUCCCACCUUAUUAAACAUCGGAGAACCCACACAGGUGAGCAGCCUUAUUCCUGUAACAUAUGCAGAAGAAACUUCAGCAGGCGGUCAAGCCUUCUUAGGCACCAGAAACUCCACCAGUGAAGGGAAGAUCGUCCAGUGUCCUCAGUCUGAACAAAUUCACCAAGAGGAACUUGACACUAAAGUUUAUGAAAAAAUAGAAAAUUAUGAAGCAUGAUUUUUUUAUCAGUGGAAUAUUACACAGAAAGGAAUCAAGUUCAACUCUGCAUGGGAUGAAUUAAAGUUUUUCUACUUACUGUGUUUACUUAUAACCUAUAGGGAAUUCCAUAGCAAGAUUGGUGUUCUAGGAACAUUCUAAAAAUGGAAAAAAACUGUUUUAGGAUUGUACCUGCCAAAAUAGCAAAUUCAGUUUCAGACAGCAGAUGAAGCCAUAAAAUCAAUCAGUCUUCUGUGGUCAUAGAGGUAAAUAGUGUUGGUUUUUCAUUGAUCUGCCCAGCCACUCAAAUGCAUGUGAUAGAAACAUUUGUCGCAUGGUCUUCCAAAACAAAAAGCAAUAAUAUGCUUGUUUAAUUGCAUACCAUUGUCUUCAAGGUAGCAAGCUUAAAAAUUUCAUUAGUCUCAUGGGAUAGAAAUGAAUUCUAAUGUAAAGUUUCCUAAGAACCUAAUCGGAUUUUCUUCCUCUCUCAUCACUGGACUUUGUGUGAGUUUUUUCUUGAACUUUUUAGGAACUUUAGCUCUUGAAUUGUAUUAGCUCAAAUUUUACUUUUAUGAAAUCAUAUUUACUUCACCACUAGGGAAUCUGCCAGAUAACUAAUAAUGCACUAUCUUAUGCAUCUCAUUGGUGGUAUUUGAAAAAAGAAAAA